AUGAAGGGAUUUUUGGUAUUUGCUUUGUUCGUUGCCUCUGUGGCGGCUCUUCCACAAAAAUUCCAUAUUGGAUAUAACGGAGGUCGCAUUGUUGGAGGAGAAAAUGCCCAAAGAGGCGAAUUUCCGUUCAUCAUCAGUCUUCGCUGGUCAGUUUUGGGAGUUGAGCAACACGUUUGCGGCGGAAGUAUCAUCGAUGAGAUGCACGUUUUGACUGCUGGACAUUGUAUUACUGAAUUGCCACUUGCUGGAACGAUGCACGUUAUUGCCGGUAUGACUGACAUGAAAAACACGGGAGGAGUUGAAAAAUGGCAAAAAAUUAAGGUUGUUGAACGAAUUGUUCAUGAAGAUUACCAUGGAGGCGUAAAUCCCAAUGAUAUUGCUGUGUUAAAAUUGGAAGAACCUUUGCAAUUCAACGAAUUUGUUCAACCAAUUGACUUGCCACAUCGCGGAAGUGACGUCGACGGUCAAGUUACAUUAGCUGGAUGGGGAUCUACUUCUUCGUCGAUCAUUGUUCCCAGCAUGCCUUCGGAUUUGCAACGCAUCAACUUGCCCAUUGUGCCCAUCGUCGAAUGUGACGAAGCCAUGACGAGUUUAGUUGGACCCAGUCCUCUCGACUACACCUCAAAUAUUUGCACGGGACCUCUCACUGGCGGAAUCUCAGCCUGCAGCGGAGACUCUGGCGGUCCAUUGGUACAAAAGACCUCCUCGGGCUACGAACAAGUCGGCAUCGUUUCAUGGGGAAUCGUUCCAUGCGGAUCUGUCGGAGCUCCUUCAGUCUACACCAAAGUUUCCGCAUUCACCGAUUGGGUAGCCAGCAAAAUGAACUAA